UUGUUUGGGUUUUUUUUACUCCCGUUCUUUCAUGUUCGCAAGACGACACACGAGAAAAUUGCUGUGCAGAAGAAAAUUACCGUGUUCCUGCUACAUGGACAGGGGACCGAGUGUGCACCUUUGCUAAACCCGUCAGCAACUCACGUGCAAAAACAAUAAACCGUUGUCGUGCGUUAAUUGUAACCUAAAACUCCCAAAAAUCGACCGAACGACCGUGUGGUGUUUGCGCGUGUGUGUGUGGGAGAGCAUUUUUCAGCCAACCCCCACUCCCGUAUCCUUCAGCACGCUGUGGAAUCUCUGGUGUAAUUGGUGCCCACCUUCCACACCCGCUCCGGUACGGAACGCGCAGCGAACGUGGCCCCGAAUAAGAAAGCGCCCAAAUCGAAACCGCCGAAAAUGAUGACCCGACGGAAAUCGAUACACGAAUCGACGCUGCAGGCCCAGCUGCAGAUGCAGGAGAGGGCGGCCGAGGAACAGCUCACGCUCGGCGCACUGGCGAACGGGAUCGCCAACAUACUCGCCCCGUCGCAAGCCUCGCAAUCAUCACAGACCGGCACGCAGCAGCAGUGCAGUGGGUUGGGAAUGACGAGCGGUGUCACAGCUCCUGCCGCCGCCGCCGCUGCUACUUCUCCUGGACCAGUGCCGCCACUGUCAACCCUCCCAAAGCCACAGCCCAUGAAUGGUAGCCUAUUUGCAACGAAAAGCUCCGGUUUGUCACCGACCGGGGCCGGCACGUCGUACCACAACCAAACCAGCAACAGCCUGGCGGCAAAGCACAACGCAAUGAUGCGCAGUAAGACGGCCCGCAGCGCGAAGCGAAGUGCACCGAUCGAUGUGCCGCAGUCGUCCGGUGGAAGCACACCCACAAGCAACGCAACCGCCACCGUGACCAAUGCGCCCGGCGGCAAUACCCCGCACGGAACCGGCAUGGGGACAGCGGCGGCAGCAGCAGCAACGCAGGGUAUAGCGUGCGGCCCGAACCCGGUGCAGCAAACGCUCGCCCAGAACGGCAUGGAUCCGGACGAGAUACCAAAGUUCAAGGGUUACCGCAUCAUCGAGAUCGACCACUUUCUGCAGUGGGCCGCCUACUCGCAGUUUAUGCAUUCGAAGCACUGCCCGGGCGGGCUGCUGAAACCGUACCAGGAGUACAUCAGCGGCUGCUACUCGACGUUCGCGAUGAAGUGCAGCAAGUGUGCCGCCAUCAUAACGCGCUCGUCGGAGAACUACAUCCACCACAACAAGCUGAUGAACCGGCUGGUAAAGGGGACGGUGCAGCUCGGCAAGGACUACGACGAGAUGCAUCAGUUUAUGGAGUCGCUCGAGGUGCCGUUCGUGACGCGCGAAGAGUUCCAGUCGAUCCGCGGUCAGGUGAGCUCGUCGCUCGAGGAUCAAUCGGCGCUGCAGCGCGCGGUCGAGGAGCUCGAGCGGGCCUCGUCCAUCUCGUCGAAGCGGAAACGGCACGGCAGCUGCAAGUACCACUACGAGGUGCUGAAGGUGUACCUUAACAAGAAGAUGAAAAAGAUGGAAGAGAAUCUGCAGGUGUCGGUGAACGAUUCGGUCGCGCUGGCGGUGAACGCUCACCUCAAGAACGUUUCCCACGUGCAGCUUGUGCCAAAUGCUAUGACUAACUCUGCCACCAACUGUACAGCACUCAGUGGGAUGAACGGGGGCAUUAGUGCGACCACUUCCAGCAACAACAUCGCCAACCUUGCCAUCGGAACGAUCAACAUGCAGAGCGUCCCCAUGGCAACGGCGAUGACACCGACGGCGACAACCACGAUAAACGGCACCAGCGGUGGCGCCAGUGACAGCGGCACCACCAGCAGCAGUAUGUACAACAGCUGCAACAUCACGAAUGGGGCGCGCCCGGUAGCAACGGGUCCGGUCAGUGUGCAGCUAGCAACCGUGGCAGAAUCGACGAUCGGUGGUGGCGGUGUUGUCGGUGGCCGUCUACCACCGGGCAGCAGGGAACAGCAACACUGACCACUGGAACAGCUGGAGUGGCUAGGCUAUUGGCUACCGGACGGAUAGGUACUGUUUUAAAGUGCUCGUCGUUUGGGGGCGGUUGCCUGGCAACUCGGUCGGUCCGAGCCGGGGCAAUCGUUACAUGAAAAGACACAACGGACAGAUACACAAACGCAUACUUAGUAGCAGCAGCAGACAAACAAAUACACGGAAAGCUAUGUGCCAACGUGCAAUUUUUGGAUACACAAAUAGGAACACAUACACACUCAUUCGGGUAUCAGAACGUAUCUCGUCAUAUGCUUUUAUAGUGAUUUAGGUGGGUAGGGCAUUAAUAGUAGUAGAGACGGCACAGUGUUUUUAAAUUCAAAGGACAUUACAGCGUACCGUGCUGUAGGACAAGCGAUAUUAACUAUUUUUAUUUACGAAACGAUACAUUCAUAUACGCUCCCGUUAGGCAAAUCGGUAUAUGUACAUGCGACAGGUGUAAUAUAAUACGAUUUAGUUUAUUUUUUUAGCGCAGAUUAACGAUGAAAAAAGUUGUCCCAGAACAAAGGACGUGAGAUUAUAUGCGGAAAAUGCCGUAGAAGAAAUUGCUUAAAACAAAGAGAUUAUAAAACAAACAACAAAACAGGACUCAUAAACGUACACAUAUGAAGUGGUUUAUGGAAAUGAUAUAUAUACAUGAAUAUAUACUUAUACAGUGGGCAAUGGAUAGGUACGCCCUAUGUAAGGGACCUUUAAUAUUUGGCGGCAAAGAGAGAAGCUGAAUAUGAAUCUACUUAGAAUUAUGGUAAGGGUAUAAUGGAACGAACACAAAACGCACCUUAGUGGCAAUGUGUGUGUGUGUGUGUGUGUGUGGGUGUACGUAGCGGAACGCUUUAAAUGGAGCGAAUAUUUCUAUUGCCAAUCGGAACUCUUUACAAUUCGUAUGUUUUGACCGGUUCCUCUGUGCCGUAGUUUUUAGUUUAGCUUGAUACUCUAAAGGACAACCCCUCAACCAAAACUCCCCCUUUGUACCCCCCCCCCCCCAUCGACGCGUAAUGUCGUGUUCCUUUUUGCGCUGUGUAAUACGUAGUUGUACUUAAAGUGUAGUGUUUUAUGUUUAUCGUUUUAAAGAAACACACAGACAAACUCAUUGAGUGAGUUUUGUUUUUGGGAGGUGAUGGAGCCUAUUUUCUAAAUGUUUUGAGGCAAUGAUUAGAAUUUGUUUUAACUUUUGGCCUUUUCUGUUGUACAUAAUCCGUUCCAAUCGCACCGUGCACCGCACCUCCCCCCCUCGAUUUUAUAUGUAAAAUGUGUAAUGUAAUGCGCUCAUGAUGUUUAGUAGAUUAAGCGGAGAAAAUCACACAGGACAAAGAGGGCGACGAGUGAGCGAAAACGACCACCCCCCCGUAUCGGAUAGGUAGUUUUUGAAAUAAACAAAACGUAAAAAAACGAUGUAUCA